AUGUCGUCAAAGAAGAAGGGCUCGAAGUUAAAUGCGGCAGCCAAUUCUACAACUGACAUAAAGGGUCUGAACUUUUGUUCGGUUAAGGAGUACGGACAAUUUAAUAGCAACGAGUACAAAAUAUUCGUAGCUCCCAACCGACCUCUUCAAAGUCGUUUAGUCAACCUCAACUCCCUUCGCCCACACGGCGCUGUUGGCUCUGCGGAACUGAGAUCCCGUUUCCACAGCCAUCCCGUCCCCGAAAACGUAGUAAAAGAUAUUUUGACGUUGGUAAAUGAUGCGCAGAGUAGGGUGCACCGUUGCCCUGAUUUCACUUUAGUAACUAGCGUGCGAGAAGCGAUGGAGUCGCUACAUUCUACUGCUUAUGAGCAAUGGUGGAUGGAUCACAUAGCCAAAGGGUGUUUGAGUACCAACGCAUACCCCUUUUCGUCUCUUCGCUUUGCGGCACCACAUGAAAACUCGCAGGGUUGCUCAAUGAAUAGUAACUCUUCGGUACCUGAUUCCUUGUCAGGGAUUGCUGAAGCUAUACAACGCAUCCUCUUCGUAUGCACACAAUCCUCAAACAAUGGUGACCAAGCAACUGAAAAGUUGUUGUUUCAUUCCAUUCGCAAUGAAAAGGCAUCAUUGAAAGAGUUGGUGUUGACAAGUUAUAACAGCAACCACAUUCUCGUUUGCUGUGGUCUGUACUUUUAUCGACUGAAUGUGCUUGAUGAAAAUGGUGUGGCUAUUAAUGUGGGUGACAUCACGUCGUUGCUGCGUGCCGUGAAGGAGCAUGCGGAAGCCACAGAAAAGGCACUCCGUGAGCAGUUGCUGCUCCCUGAUGUCAUGAAUGACUUGGUUCAAUUCCAUCACAUGUUAGGUUACAUGAGCGAAAUUGCCAAUCCCGAGUGUGCGGCUCUGAUGGAUCGGUUGAGACGUGCAAACUCUGUUAAUGCAGCCGCUCUUGACAUCAUGGACUCCAGCAUUUUUACUGUGGUGCUGCGAAACCCCUGUGAAGCUGGCUCCCCUCGUGCUAGAUGGUACCGAACCGGCAUGUUACUGGAGGAAGAUGAUGAUGGAAGACUUCUUACUCUGCGGGCGCACACAAUAAUUACAGAUCACACAUCUCUUGUGGAUUUCCUCACGCAAGUGAUAAAUUGGAGGGAUGAGCACGAACGACUUGGCAGGUCCAGUUGCUUAUUGGGUAAAACAAAGGAUGAAUACUUUGUUUCCACUCCCAACGAGCCGGCUAUGAUUGAGCACUUGAACCUCUGGCUCCCAUGGAAACAUCGCAAACCCAUGUGGCCAUACCCACAAAAGAAUGCCAUGCCCAGCGUAUUUCCUCUUGAGUUUACAACCCUGGGAGAGGGAGUAGUUACCUUUUCGUGCCUUUGCCUAGCCGCUGUGCUAGCAGUGCAGGAGGUGCUCACACCAAGCCACGGUUUCCCCACUGUUUUGGUUGCAUUUCCCCACAAGCGAGGUGGCGUCUCUUCGGCGUUGCUUUAUUCUAAAGUUGUGGAGGCUUUCAUUCAAUCUCUACGUAGUGAAUCAGCUCUGGUUGAAGCGGUUACCGUGCGACACAUGGCGCGUGCAGCGUUGCAAGCUCUGAAUACUAUAAUAAAUGCCUGUUUCAGUGAGCAAUAUCCCCUGUACACGAUGGCGCAACUUCUUCUUUCUGAGGGAAAGGCGGAAGCAAAGGAUGCCACUCAUGAUGGUGGUAUGUUAGGUGCUGUGGAUCUUGUACUAUCAAUAGACCCUUUGAGUUGUGGCGGAGAUAUCCUCCACUCCGAGACUCAACUUGUAAUGCCGACGCCAUUUGCAAUCCGCAGCGUGGGGAGGUGUACUCCCGGCGCAGCUCGGCAGCAAACGAAUGUAAAACUGCCUUCCGCUCUUGAAGUGACCGAUGCAGCACUUCUGCAGAUGCCGGGAGCAGGGGAGUCAUCCACAGGCAGACGGCUCUCGGCGUGCAUUUUAGAGAGAAGUCAGGUGUUGUUAACGCUGCUGAAAUAG